AGAAUUAGAUGCUACAUAAUUAUUAAAUAAUGCAAUACUUGAAAAGACUUGUAGUUUUAAAUAAAUUACAAUAUGUAAGAAAUAAGAAAAAAGAAUUAUUGAAUUAUAUUACUUAUCAAUAUAGAUACAAAUUUGAUAGAGUUAUAUUUGAAGAAUAUGAUGAAACUGAAGAAGAAAAAAAUACUUAUUCAAAAUUGGCUAAAGAUUGUUUAGGAUCAAUUAUUGGUGAAAAUAGAGUAUUUGUUAUACAACCAUAUAUAAAAUGGGGUGUUAAAAAAAAAAGAAAUACUACACCUCAAUUGCAAUUAGCAGAGGCAAUAACACUUAUUAAUACUCUACCAAAUUGGAGUGUUGUUGGUAAAAAGAUAGUUCCAUUACUUUCUUUACAAAAACACAAAUUAGUUGGUUCAGGAACUCUUGAAACUUUGAAAAAAGAUAUUACAAAUUGUCCAAAUGUUACAGCUAUAUUCAUUAGUACAAAUUUAUUGAAAUUUGUACAAAUUGCUGAAUUACAAAACAUUUUUCAUUUACCAAUUUAUGAUCGCUAUAGUAUAGUUAUUCAUAUUUUUCGAGAACAUGCAAAAAGUCCAGAAGCGAAAUUGCAAGUAGCUAUAGCUGAAAUUCCAUAUGUAAGAAAGAAAAUGAUUGAUUUAACUAAUUAUCUUAUUGGUCAAGUAAAAUUUGAUGAAAAAACAAAAAAUUUACUUCAAAUCAGAGAAAAAAAAUUAAGAAAUGCACUAAAGAAAUUGAAAGAACAUAGACAAAUGAUAAAACGUCAUAGAUCUAGUUAUGGUUUUCCAACUAUUGCUAUUGUUGGAUAUACAAAUGCUGGUAAAACAUCUUUGAUAAAAGCAUUAACAGAAGAUGCUUCAUUACAACCAGAGAACAAACUAUUUGCCACUUUAGAUACAACAGUACAUCAAGGAUUACUUCCAAAUAGCUUGAAAGUAUUAUAUAUUGAUACUAUUGGCUUUAUUCAGGAUGUACCGGAAACUCUAUUAGAGCCAUUUCUAGUAACUUUAGAAGAUGCUAUAAGUGCAGAUAUUUUAAUUCAUGUGUUUGAUAUAAGUCAUCCUGAUGUCAAAGCUCAAAUCCAGCAUGUUCAAAAAACAAUACAGUCUAUAAUAGAUGAAAAUAAAAUAAUAAUUAAUGUUGCUAAUAAAUGUGAUAUGGUUGAAAAAAAUGAGAUAGAAGAUGUUUUACCAGAAGAUGCGUUUACUGUUUCUGCUAUCAAAUUAAAAGGCAUUGAUUUAUUACGAUUAAAAAUACAAGAAGAAAUUAUACAUACUGCUAAUUUAAUACAAAAACGUAUUAAAGUAGGAAAUGGAAGUGUAGAAGCAUCAUGGUUAUACAAAGAAACGACUGUUUUAAAUGUUAUACCUGAUCCCAAAAAUUCACAAUAUUUAAUAAUGGAUGUAUUUAUGACAACACCUAUAUUUUAUAAAUUUAAACGAGUUUUUAAUGUUUAAAUAAAUUUAUUUGUAUUUA